AAUGGUCAGUCUCGGUGCGAUAAUUAGCUGCGGCUGCGUGAGGAGGAGGAAGGACAGGAUGAAGGUUUGAGGAGGGACAGUCACCGCAUCCUCUGAGCGACACGGCGGGAUUAACUUCCGAGCCAUCACUCGCUCCGGACGCCGCGAUGGGGAUCGACCGGCGGCGGAGAGGGUCUCUGGCUCUCACCUUAAACUUCCUGGCCCUGUUUCUGGCCGUGUCCGCGCUGACCACCAGCUACUGGUGCGAGGGGACCCGGAAAGUGGUCAAGCCCUUCUGCACCGGACCCGUGACCACCAAGCAGUCCUUCUGCAUCCGCUUCAACAGCUCCAACUUGAACGACACCCGCCUGGUGCAGUACAUCUGGGAGACCGGGGAGGACAAGUACGUGAUGAGGAAAUUCCACACCGGGAUCUGGUUCUCCUGCGAGCAGAACAUCAACAUGACCGGUGAAAAUUGCAGAAGCUUCCUUUAUGUCGCCCCUUCCAACGAAAGAGGGGUGCUGUGGCUGUGCAUCGUUGCAGAGUGCCUGUACAUCCUCCUGCUGGCCACCGGGGGCAUCCUCAUGUCGAUAGAGGUCUGUCAGUUUGGAAAUGUUAUCGACGGCCUCAAGCUCAACGCCUUCGCUGCCAUAUUCACAGUGCUAUCAGGUCUGCUGGGGAUGGUGGCCCACAUGAUGUUCACCACAGCCUUCCAGCUGACCGUCAGUCUGGGCCCGGAGGACUGGAAACCUCAGACGUGGGACUACAGCUGGUCGUACAUUUUAGCCUGGUGCUCCUUCACGGCCUGCAUGGCGUCGUCAGUCACCACCAUUAACCGCUACACCAAAACCAUCCUGGAGUUCAAGCACAAGAGACGGAACAUAGAGAAGAACCUAAAGAUCAAGCAGAAGCUGCUGGAGCUGGACUCUCCGGAGCAGGUGUGGGACAUGUACAUCAGCUCGGUACCGAGCACGGCCGAGGAGCUGCUCGACCUCUCGUCCAACGGCCGCAAACUCUCCAACACCUCCAUCUUCCUGGACCUGAAUGACCUGCCCGAUGCUCAGGGGGAGGAAUACUGCUAGAUACCUUUUUUAGGACAAUAAAAUGAGGGAGCGGAUCGGUUCCGAUGAGAGGACUUUGAACAAUGUACUCAUCCGAGAAGCGACUCUUCCCGAGCUGUGAAUGUUAGCUGUGUGUGUCUCUCUGUUGUGGCAAAAGUCUCACAGUUUAAUGUUUGUUCUUUGAAAAGCAAAGUGGCUUUUGCUCUUCAGUAAAAAACUCAUGAUGCUUCAGCCUACAGCAGCAGAGAGCCUCUCCUCUGAGGUAGCUGGGAUCCAACCUCUGACGCUGGCAGAUAAGGAGAUCAAUAUGAUGAAUGGAAAUUAAAGGGGAAUUUUACUGAGAAACUAUGAUUAUUUCACAUUUCGCUAUGUUAAGGAAGCAGUUCGGAAAUAGCACUGAUGCUUAAGCUAAUAUUAAUGUGAGACGAAAACAUACACUUUAAUUACAGGAAGAAAGAACAAUGGAUUGUUUUGAAUAAUUUACUGAAUAACAAUGAGCCUUCAUGUUCCAGAGCCUAUGAUUGCACAAGUGUGUUUUCACUUCAAAAGCGACACAUUACAGAGAAGGAAAGGGUGGUCGAUGGGUCAAUGUCACAAAGAGGUGCGCGUCGAGAUGAGAUCCUGAGAAUGUUCUGGUCUUUCUUUUGCCUCUUUACCUGGAGGGGUGACUUGCCCACAACUAAGAAACUUCUCAGACUUGCUAGAAUAAGAAGAAUUGGGAUGAAUCAGAGUGCAAUAAAACUGUGCAGGCUGCAUCUAUUGUCAUGGUUCUUCCCACUGGUCAGGUCCUCCUCGAUCCAGAAGCAAAACUUAGGCUGCCUCUGCUGCAGUACAGAGACCCCCUGAAUGAACUGUGGAGUUUAUACAAGUCCAUCCGGGGGUCAUUUGAGUGUCUUAGUCUUAAACAUCCUAUAUCAUAUGCUUGUUAUUACUUGGCUUCCAUUGGCCGCAAGGACAAAGAAGGGCCGACCAAUAGGAAAAGUUCAAGCAACACCAUUUGUCGAUCUCAUUCUCUGUUCCCAAUUCAGAUAUACUUGUAUAUUUUUUAAGUUACAGUUUGCACUUUUGUUUAAGCUCUAAAGAUUGUUCGGGCCGGUAGCCCAAUGAGCUACUGUGUUAUUAUGUCAAUAAAGAUUGGGUCCCUACUAGAAAUGACUACUGCCAGUGGAUUGGCUCCUGUAACCAUGAGAAUCAUGUAAACGCACUCACUGCAUCUGCUGAAGCCACUGUUGCUUGAGCAGACUGGCCAGUAUUCAGCGGUCAGUUGUCUCAUAUAAUAACUGCCUUGACCGUCCCACCUACGGCCACUUGACAUGGCGCCAAAAGCUGCGCAGCAUUGGCUCAGGACAAAGUUUGGCGUAAGAUAAAAACGACUUCCAACAGUUUCGGUUUUUUUUCAAUGCAACAAAAUGGCUUCAAUUUAAGCAGACGGAUUGGGGUUGAGUCUUCAUUUUCCGAGUUCAGUAGGUGGCGCUCUUGUUUUAAAAAUGAUGCGAUGGUUUAUUAACGCGCUCCCCUGAGGCUUUGUUCAUAGUGCAGAGAGUGCCAUCUAGUGGUGAAAAUGAAUGUUUAUUUAAGCGCAUUUGCAUCUGUUGAUACGCCGUUUCUAUUAAAAUUGGAGAUUUGUCUGUUUAAAAAAAUCUUUCUAGGCAUGUUUUCUGGUGUUUACGUAAUUUUGUGUAAAUCUAUUAAAUAUACAUUUUUGGUAGAAAAUAAAACAUUUACAGGAAAACAGUGGAUAUCGACUGUACAUUUUAUAACACGCUCAAAUAAAUAGAUGAAUCUUUUUAAACGGGUCCUGCAAAUUGUUCUCAUGCUAAACCGCGGGGUGGCACUGUUGUUUGGUA